UGAAGGGUUAACCUAUAUUCCCCCCUUGGCCUUCCCCAUUUGGUUAUUUUUUUCUCGCACAGCAAAAAAGGGUUUACGUUUCGCACGGUGCUCACUCGCUUCGUUCCCUUCCUACUCUCGCUGAUCAUCAUCCAUGGCUCAACAACGCGCCACCUCCGAUACUCGCCCCAACAACCUCGCCGUCACACCGCCAUUGCAGAUCUCCAAAGAUGUCCAAGGAUCUGACAAUCCCAUUCCACUCUCACCACAGUGGCUUCUGCCAAAGCCAGGGGAGAGUAAACCUGGAUCAGGAUCUGUGGAGAACCAUGUGGUCUCAAACUCACCAUUUGGCCAUCAUUCAGAGACUGUUAAGACAUCUGGAAAUGGAGAGGAUGUUCUUGAUACCCAUAAGAAAAAGGAUGUCUUUAGGCCAUCCAUGUUUGACUCGGAAAGUGGACGUCGUGACCGUUGGCGUGAUGAGGAGAGAGACACUAAGUCCUCCAUCCGGAAGGAUCGUUGGAAGGAUGGAGACAAAGACCUAGGUGAUUCUCGAAGAGUGGAUCGACGGACAGAUAAUUUGUCUGCAAAGAACUUUGCAGAAGCACGCCGUGGUGCAUCUGAUAACCAUAGAUGGAAUGAUUCAGGAAAUCGAGAAACUAACUUUGACCAGCGGCGUGAAAGUAAGUGGAACACACGCUGGGGUCCUGAUGACAAGGAGCCAGAAGGCAUUCGUGAAAAAUGGAGCGACUCUGGCAAAGAUGGUGAUUCAUAUUUGGAAAAAGGUUUGUUUAACAUUUCCAAUCAGGGAAAGGAUGAGAAGGAGGGAGAUCACUAUCGGCCAUGGAGACCUAACUACUCACAGAGUCGUGGAAGGGUAGAUCCUUCCCAUACGACCCCAAACAAACCAGCCUCUACAUUUUCCUAUGGGCGUGGCCGUGGGGAUAAUACACCCCCAGUCUCUAGUCUUGGACAUGGCCGGGCUGGUUCUUUUGGUAGUUCUUUGAGUAGCACAUACCCAGGAACAGCAUUGGAAAAAGUCGAAGGUGGCCGUGAAGAAAAUCGCCCCUUUAAAUAUAAUCGGACAAAAUUGCUUGAUGUGUACAGAAUGACUGGUAUGGGUACAGAUAGAAAACUAGUUGAUGAUUUUGUGCAAGUACCUAAUCUUACUCAGGAUGAACCAGUGGAGCCUCUAGCUUUUCUGGCCCCAAAUUCUGAGGAACUGACUGUCUUAAAGGGUAUUGACAAAGGGGAGAUAAUUAGCAGCAAUGCACCUCAGGUGCCAAAAGAUGGAAGGAGCUCAACAGAUUUUACUCAUACAAGACGAAUGAAACCUGGUAGUGCACCUUUCCAAUAUAGAGGUGAAGAUGGAGGUUCUUACAAAGUGCCUGAUGAGGUAUCCAGCAAUAGAGAUUCAUCCGUUGAAGGAAAUAGCUCUGUUCAUCCUGGUGCUCCAUGGCGAACAAUGCCGAUGGGAGAACAUGCUACCGCCCAGUUUCACGAUAGCAGAGAUGUAAUUAGUGAUGUUAGAUUCAGAAAAGCAGAUCUGAACUCACCCCAACCAAAAGAUCCUCAUAAUCAGUGGGAGAAUAAUUUGGGUUAUUUAUCUGACCCCAAAGAAGUAGCUAAGUGGCAAGCUAACGAAGAUCCUGUCAUUAAGAGGCAGUUGUCUGGCAUUUUGGACAGUGAACUUGAAACCAGAAGAGUUCCACAGACUGCUCCAGAGGAGUUAUCCCUUUUAUAUAAAGAUCCUAAGGGUCUAAUCCAAGGUCCAUUUAAAGGAAUUGAUAUUAUUGGAUGGUUUGAGGUUGGAUAUUUUGGUAUUGAUUUACCUGUUCGUCUGGAAAAUUCAGCGGUGGACUCACCAUGGUUUUCUCUUGGUGAUGUUAUGCCUCAUUUGCGAGCUAAAGCCCGACCACCACCUGGGUUUUCUGCACCAAAAGCGAAUGACUUUACAGAUGUUCCUGGCCAGCAAAUUUCCAGUACUUUUGGGAAUACCCUUGCUGGUUUGAAUGAGGUUGACAUUUUGAGAAGUGAUUCUGGGCAUAGGCAGGGUUCGGAUACUGAAGCUGAAAAUAGGUUUCUGGAGUCACUUAUGUCUGGUAGCAAGAACAGUCCCCCCCUUGAUAACCUGACAUUAUCAGAAGGGUUACAAGGGUUUGUUGGAAGUAAUCCUGGUAAUAUGGGCCCAUCAGGAGUUGAUAGUGGAAAUAAUCUUUACUUGCUUGCCAAGAGGAUGGCGCUUGAACGGCAGAGGUCCUUACCCAAUCCCUACCCAUAUUGGCCGGGGCGUGAUGCAGCAGCUUCAUUUGCUCCAAAAACGGAUGUUGUACCAGAUGCAUCAUUGCAUUCAAAAUUAUUGUAUUCAGUGAGUGAUAACUCCCGUCAACCUCAGUCCCAAAGUUCGGAGUUAAUGUCAAUCAUCCAAGGAUUAUCCGAUAGGAUGUCUGCAGGCUUAAAUAAUGGUGCUGCGGGAUGGCCAAAUUAUCCCUUGCAAGGUGCAUUGGAUCCCCUACAGAAUAAAAUUGCCUUGCUUCAUGAUCAGAAUUUUCCUCAAAUGCCAUUUGGGAUUCAACAAAGACUGCCGAUACAAAACCAAUUGUCUUUAAGCAAUUUACUGGCUCAAGCUGCUGAUAACCCGUCUAACACUUUGACAGCGGAGAAGCUACUUUCUACAGGUUUAUCACAAGAUCCACAAAUAUUAAAUAUGCUGCAACAGCAACACUUGUUGCAACUGCAUUCUCAAGCAGCUGCUCAAGCACAGCAGAUGCCCUUGAUUGAUAAACUCCUGUUGCUGAAGCAGCAACAGAAGCAGGAGGAGCAGCAGCAGUUACUGCGACAACAGCAACAACUGCUUUCACAAGUGUUGCAAGACCAACAGUCUAGCCAGCUUUUUAACAAUUCAUCUUUUGGACAGUUGCAAGGUGUAAUACCCUUGGGGAAUUUGCGUGUUGAUCCUUCUCAACUUCAACCACCACAAGAGAUCUUUCCCAUGAGCUCUCAGAUGCCAAUUCCCAGUGUGCAUAAUGACCAUAGUUCUAAUUCUUUGAAUUUACCACCGAAAGAUAGUCAAGACACAAGUGGUAAUGUAAGCAGUGAAGCUUCUAUACAUCUGCCUCACCAAUUAUUUGGUGGUAAUAGUUGUCCAGAAAAUUGGGGCCCUAAUCUUACGGAACAAAUUAGUGAAAAGUCUAGCCAGCUUUUUAACAAUUCAUCUUUUGGACAGUUGCAAGGUGUAAUACCCAUGGGGAAUUUGUGUGUUGAUCCUUCUCAACUUCAGCCACCACAAGAGAUCUUUCCCAUGAGCUCUCAGAUGCCAAUUCCCAGUGUGCAUAAUGACCAUAGUUCUAAUUCUUUGAAUUUACCACCGAAAGAUAGUCAAGACACAAUUGGUAAUGUAAGCAGUGAAGCUUCUAUACGUCUGCCUCACCAAUUAUUUGGUGGUAAUAGUUGUCCGGAAAAUUGGGGCCCUAAUCUUACUGAACAAAUUAGUGAAAAGUAUCAGAACAAAACCUUCCCCAUAUCAACUCUUGUUGAGAGUUCUCCGUUGCUUGAUCAGAACAGACCCAGAGAGGAACCACACAUUGGGCUGGAACCCCAUUCUGUUUCUGAUUACACUGCUAACUCAGUGGAGCAGUUGCCACCUAGCAAUUUUACACCUGAUGUUGUCGUGACCUCAAUUUCUAAGCCUGAUGAGAACUCUGGACAUCUACAUUGUGUUGCACCCACCAUUGCCUUAUCUUCAGCUGGAUCUAACAGGAUUGAGUUACCACCUGUGAGUGGUCCUGGUAUGGAGGUGAAGACCAAAUUGGAUAUUGUGCAUGAAGAGCAACAUUCUGGAAGAGACAUCUCAGUAUCCGAGCCCUCUCCAGCAGACAUACGAAGCAUUAAAUCUCAUGAACCCAAAAAGGCUACCGAGAAGAAAUCUAAGAAGCAAAAAUCAGCCAAAUCUCAGUCUUCUGAUCAAACAAAGGGAGUGCUAAAGAGUGUCACUUCGCAGCCAGCAAAUCAGGCAGAAGUUGAAAUACCAAAAUUAAGUGAGUUGGGGGAAGCCAACAGGGCUGAAUCAUUACAUGAAACAAACAUGCAACAAACAAGAGUUAAGGGAACUCAGAUUGGAAGUGCAGUCAUAGAGGCAGUUGAUCACCAACAAGCUGGUGGCUGGUCUGCUAAUGUUACUGGCAACGUCACUGGAUCAGUUGAUGUGGGUGAGGCCAAGGCAGCUAGCUCUAUUGUGAUGCAGAAAGCUGAAGUACCUGCAGGACGAGCUUGGAAACCUGCUCCUGGUGUCAAACCAAAAUCUUUCUUAGAAAUUCAACAGGAAGAACAGAGGAAGGCAGAGACUGAAAUGCUUGUAUCUAAUAUUGCUGUUUCUGUCAAUUCAAUGAGUCUGGUAAGUCCCUGGGCUGGGGUUGUGUCCAAUCCAGACUCUAUGAAAGUUUCUAGUGAAAGUCACAAAGGAGCCAAUACAGAAUAUCCUGUUAAAUCUGAAACUUCUCAAAAUCUUAAAAGCAAGAAAAGUCAUCUACAUGAUCUAUUAGCAGAAGAAGUUUUAAAGAAAUCUAAUGAAAUAGAAGCUGAGGUUCUAGAUAGUAUAUUGCCCUUACAUAAUAUAGCUGUACGUUCAGAAUCCGUGGAUGAUGGCAAUUUUAUUGAGGCAAAAGAUACUAAAAGAAGCCGAAAAAAGUCAGGAAAAUCAAAGGGUUCGGGAACUAAAGCUUCAUUGCCAGUUGCAUCUUCUGAGGCACCUAUAGUUUCAAGCCCCAUUGAAAAGGGAAAAAACUCCUGUUCAGCACAGCAAGAGAAAGAAGAAUUGCCUGCCAUCCCAGCAGGACCCUCUCUGGGAGAUUUUGUACUAUGGAAAGGAGAGCGAGAACCACCAAUACCAUCUCCUUCUCCAGCAUGGUCUACUGAUUCUGGUAGAGUUCCAAAACCAACUUCAUUAAGGGACAUUCUGAAGGAGCAGGAGAGAAAAGGCUCUUCUGCAAUUCCUGUGAGCCCAAUGCCUCCCCCUCAGAAAUCUCAGCCUCCUCAGUCUACAUGGAGCAGUGCUUCGUCACGGUCAAUUUCAGCAUCCUCUCCAUCUAAAGCUGCUUCUCCAAUUCAGAUAAAUUCCCAAGCUUCUCAAUCAAAGCACAAAGGGGACGAUGACUUGUUCUGGGGUCCAAUGGAUCAAUCUAAGCAAGAUACUAAGCACAGGUCAGGUUUCCCUCAGCUUGUGAGCCAGGGUAGCCGGGGUUCGAAAAAUGUUCCCUUGAAAGGUAAUUCUCCUGGAUUAUUGACAAGACAAAAAUCAGUGAGUGGCAAACCAACUGAGCGGUUUUUAGCAUCAUCACCUGCCUCUUCUCAAUCAGUGCUGAAGUUGAAAAAAGAUGCCAUGACAAGGCAUUCUGAGGCCACGGACUUCAGAGAUUGGUGUGAGAAUGAGUGCGUUAGGCUUAUUGGGACAAAAGAUACAAGUUUCCUUGAAUUUUGCUUGAAGCAAUCUAGAUCAGAAGCUGAGAUGCUUCUUAUAGAAAACCUUGGAUCAUAUGAUCCUGACCAUCAAUUCAUUGAUAAAUUCCUCAAUUACAAGGAGUUGUUACCGUCAGACGUUUUGGACAUAGCUUUUCAGAGUAGGAAUGAUAAGAAAGUUACUGGAUAUGGUGUGGAAGGCACGGCAUCGGUUAGUGCAGAUAUACUGGAUGUGGACUACACUGAAGGAUCCUCUAAAGGAGGUGGAAAGAAGAAAGGUAAAAAGGGGAAAAAGGUCAGCCCAUCAGUUUUGGGAUUUAACGUUGUGAGUAACCGGAUCAUGAUGGGUGAGAUCCAGUCUGUAGAAGAUUAAUUUAAUUGAGUUGAUGAGGUUGUUAUCGUAGAUGUACAUACAUUUUGGUCGGACUUUGUAAAUGGUUUUUUCCGUUUUAGGUGUUUUAUAUGUUCUUUUUUAUACAGAAACUUUAGCAGUAUUGACUGGAUCUGCUUAACCAAUUUUGUUAUCUAAUGUAGUUGUUUUGACGUUUCAUUGCGUUGACAAUGAUUUUAUCUCAUGUCAAUCUUAACGAGUUUUUCAAUUCAUCUUUCAUCA